CCAAGAAGACUCGGGAGUUGGAUGCCGCUUUGUCUGUGGUGAGAUGGCGAAGGAUACUUUGGACAAGGGAGCGCAGUAUGAUGCUUCGGUUGCAGUUGAAUUCCAAGAAGUCCGUCUGCGACUUGCUUGUAGGGUUUCUUACGUCUGUUUAGAAAACAACAGUCCGCAGAAUAAGAUCAAGGCUUGGGUUCAAUAAAAUGCUCUAAAAGAAAAGAAUACUAUCUGUCCUUUUCUUCCUCCUCGAGGAAAGAUCUACAGUAAUCAAAUUCAUGUUCUACAUAUAUAUGAUUUGUGUUUGCCAUCCAUUUUAAUCGGUCAUGAACCCAUUUCAAAUCCAUGUCCAUAUGCAUCCGUCUCGUCGUACAGACCGUCUUGAUUAUAAUUUGUCGAGUCAAUUAACUCGAUCCGGUGUAGGUUCGGCAUGCGUCAGAAGGUUUCCGGUUCGCUCGACCCAGUUUUCCGCCCGAGAUCGACCAUAAGCCUGCACAGAAAUCGUAGCUCUCGCCGCCACCAUAAGCCUGAACAAGAGAUCCCUCCUCUUGUUCGCCGGCCUCUCUUUCGUCCAAAACCCUAACCCACCUCAGAUCUUUCCUUCCAGAAUGGCUUGCGGCCGGAGAACCCUCACCUCCAACUUCACCCAUCUCACCCGCCGCUUCCACCCGUCCUUCGCCCACAUCCUCCGCGACGACCGCGAAUACACAGAGCCCUCAAACCCCCUGCCUUUGCCCCCAACUCCAUCCCGUCGCCACGCUUCCUCCUCUGCCCCAUCUGUCUCCGGAUUUGGCAGGUGGAGAAGUCUUGGCUUCUCUCUCCCGCUCGGCCUCGAACCCGGCCUCCUUCGGACCUACUCCUCGGGCGCAGAGGGAUCGAAUGAGAUCAACUACAUCAAGGAUGUCGCGGAGGUUUUGUCGGACAGCAGUUUGGAAACUGCUACCGUGGCCGCUGCGGCGGUUCCGACUCCUUUUCCUGGAGAGGUAGCAGCUGCGGCGGCUGAUUCGUUCCUCCCCGUGGCAGCUCUGCAGCACUUGAUUGAUGCAGUCCAUUCUUUUUGCGGUCUGAACUGGUGGGCUUCUAUUGUUCUGACAACCCUCUUGAUUAGAGGGGUUACCGUCCCACUUUUGUUGAAUCAAAUGAAGGCCACGGUGAAGCUCAACGUGAUGAGACCGGAGUUGGAACAGCUAAAGGAACAAAUUAAUUCAAUGGAUCCCGAAUCAGUGCAGGAGGGUCAGAAACAAAUGAAAGCUUUGUUCCAAAAGCAUGGGAUUACACCAUUUACUCCAUUGAAGGGACUUCUUAUCCAAGGGCCAAUUUUUAUCAGUUUCUUUUUAGCUAUCUCAAACAUGGUUGAGAAAGUUCCUUCUUUUAAAGGAGGUGGGGCAUUUUGGUUUACUGAUUUGACAACGCCCGAUCCUCAGUACAUGCUUCCAGCGCUAACGGGAUUGACCUUCUUAGCAACUGCGGAGCUUAACAUGCAAGAAGGAAUGGAAGGAAAUCCUAUGGCGAAUACCAUGAAGAACUUCUCCAGAGUUCUUGCAUUUAUGACCGUCCCGUUUACUGCUAACUUCCCAAAGGCCAUCUUCUGUUACUGGAUUACGUCAAACCUUUUCUCACUUGGGUAUGGUUUUGUGCUUAAACUUACACGGGUGAGGAAGUUCCUGAAUCUCCCUGAUUCAGUUCCUGAACCCACCAAAUCUGCAGCUCAACCAAACUUUACCUUGUUUGGUGCAUCCAAGCCAAUCUUACCGGCAGCCUCUCCAGUACCACCAGCAAAGGACUCCGGUCAAACUAACACACCUGCCAGAAGGCUAUCUUCAUCUUCUGUAAUCAGCCAACGGAUAAGAAACCUAGAAAAGACGGUAAAGGCUAGAAAUAAACAUAAGAAAAAGUAAAACCUGCAAAGCUCAUGGAAAUUUUUGGCUACAUAAUGGAGGGUAUUUCAGCAUGCAAACCGUUCAUACCGGUGUUAUAAUAAUUAACAACUAAAUAGAAAAUAAAAUUCUUGAUAUUGAAUUAUGCUUUAACCGCAAGAACUACUUGUAUGUGUGUAUUAUCCUCAACCUCUUUAGUGGAGGAUAGCCGUGUGGGAGAUGUAGGCAACUUUUUUUUUUCUGAAAGAAGAAAUUUUGCUUGGGCUCAUUAGGAAUUGAGCAGAUUGGGUGAUCAGUCGAUUUGGUACUUCGUUCUUUUGUCGUUUGAGAGUUUGUACGUCUGUACAUUU